GAGAAACAAGAAGCAAGAUGGCGAGAACCAAGCAGACCGCUCGUAAAUCCACCGGAGGCAAAGCCCCCAGGAAGCAGCUGGCCACCAAGGCCGCCCGUAAGAGCGCCCCGGCCACCGGCGGCGUCAAGAAGCCUCACCGGUACAGGCCCGGUACCGUGGCUCUGAGAGAGAUCCGUCGCUACCAGAAAUCCACCGAGCUGCUGAUCCGCAAGCUGCCCUUCCAGCGCCUGGUCCGAGAAAUCGCUCAGGACUUCAAGACCGACCUGCGCUUCCAGAGCACCGCUGUCAUGGCUCUGCAGGAGGCCAGCGAGGCUUACCUGGUCGGCCUGUUCGAGGACACCAACCUGUGCGCCAUCCACGCCAAGAGGGUCACCAUCAUGCCCAAGGACAUCCAGCUGGCCCGCCGCAUCCGCGGAGAGAGAGCUUAGACUCCGCUGCUGCUCCUCUCACCACAAUAACGGCUCUUUUAAGAGCCACUCACUCUGCUCUCAACAGCAAAGUCCCGAGUGUUUUCUUCAAUGUGUCUCAUCAACACUGUUUUCAGAAUAAUACAAAGAACAGUCAAACAUCACCAAUUAAGUCCUUUCUUCCUUCAAAUCCACGGUCCUAUGAAAAACUGUCAAAUAUUAAAUACAGGAAAAUAAUUUUUUUUCCUUUUUUUUCUUUUUUUAUAAAUACACAAAAGAAAUGAUCAACCUGAAGACUCAUCAGCACAAAGAGUAAUCCCCCUGCAAAGUGAAGAACCUUCCUCUUCAUACCUUCCCAACAUCUACAGUAAAGAGCCUGAGUAUUGUUGUAGCCCACGGAUCCGUCUGACACCAGAAACUUAGAGUCUUGUUGGGAUCUGAAGCUUUUGACCUUCAUUAUGUUGAA